UUGAAAGUUAAUGCAAUCAAAAAACUAAUUUUAUCUAAACAAAAUUUCCUACCAAAUUACAAUGAGUAAGGAUACAUCGAAUACAAAAAGCAUAUUCAAUACAAAAUUAACCACGCAAGGAAGCACGCACAGUGCAAAAAGCAAACUGUUAAGAUUUGAAGAAAUUGUUAUUCCGUCAUCCACCGCGACAGCAAAGAAUUGGAGCGCUUUGAUUAGCAAAGCCCACAUCACUACAAACUCUUCCCUUAAUAAACCACGACAAACAAACAAGGAAUAUAUGACAACACAAAAAGUAUAUGAUGUACUCAAAGAACCUGAAGAUUACAAACCAGUAAAAAGUGCACUUUCUCUAAAAACAAUUAAUAUGAAAUAUACAGCAGUGCCAACGGUUGGGAAUAAAAUGGUUCAUAUUUCUUAUCCACAGUUCAUAAAUGCAACGUUAAAAGAGCAGCUUACAACGACUAGGAAAGACGCGGCGUUUCGUCUUGAACCUACAGUAACGGGUAAAAUUCCUACUAAAGAUGCAUUACCUGCUGCUGCCACAACUGUUUCAGUUGAUGAUACCACAGCAACAACUAGCACUACUAUUCCAACAAUUAUGAGACCAACUGCAGUUGUUUCUACUGCAAACCCAACACAGUUGACCGAAUCUUUGAAAAAUUCUGAAAUUGACGUUGGUGCCUCACAGCAACCAAAAGCAAUAGCAACGACGACAGAAAGUCGGGUCUACGAAAACCGGAACGGAUCCGGAUUUUUAUCCGCCCAAGGACUGUCAACUCGGCAGAAUUCUGCCGUUACAACAACAACAACGACAGAAAUUGAAAAAAUUAUAACCGUUACAACAAAGGCAGAGACAGAAAUUAAAAGUUUCAAUUCCAAUACGACUUCAACAUCUAGUUUGGAAAUAUCAGCAGUAGACAUAAACGGGAAAGUUGCUACUAAUACCGCACCAAUUACAGUUCCGUCGGCCAGCACAACUAAAUCAAUAGACUGUAAUCAUAUUACACAAAAAUUAACAUUCAACAAAAAGUCGGUCAUGCGUUCAGUAAAUAUUCCACUUUCGAUUGCUUCGAAGGCACACAAAACUCUAGCUUUUAUGGGACCUAAAAUGCCAAUUCGUCCUUUGAUCAAAUCCCGUAAUUGCGUUUUACUUUCGACAAAAUCAAAUACAACUGCUAAAGAUAAGGGCAUAAUUAAAUUUAUUCCGAAGAGCCCUUGGCCUAAGAAAUAUGUAGCCGACGAGUACGACGAAAUGAACCCAACCGAUUCAAAUAGUAAUGACGCUCUUAUUAGCAAGGAUGCAGAAAAGUUGCUUGAGGCUGGGAAAGAAGUUUUGGUUAUAACAACGGACAUCGAUACCAAAAAAACUGCUGUUAAUAUACCAGUAGUGCCAUUGGUAGGGAAACGAAAAUAUACUGAUCCAGCCAUGAUGCCGAUACUAUCCUUUUCAUAUCAGAAAUCGCUUUCGGAUUAUAUACGAAAAGCAAAGGAAUUUCACAAACGCGCCAAAAUAUGUGCAACAGCAGCUUUAGCAACUAUGGAUAAUUCGAAAAUGAAUGAGGUAGAGAGUGCGAAAAAUUUUAUUUCAACGGAUUCAGAUGGAAGCUGUAACAAGGAUAAUACGAAUAUGAAAUGUGAUCAUGAAUCUAAUCUUAAACAAGGUGAUAGCACUGCAGAACGACGAAAAGAGGUAACGACAAUGGAAGUUGAACAGACGGCUAAUAGCGAAUCUGAAAACAAGGAAAAAAGUACAGAUAUGGAAAUAACAGAGAAGAUAGGUAGCAUGAAAUAUGUGAAAUCAGCAACUAAAGUUAUGGAAACAGUUGAAAAGUUGGAAAACACGAGAACUACAAGCCUGGAUAACCUAAAAUAUCUGAAAACAUUAACUGAUAUGAAUUUUGUGGAAAGCCCAAAAAAUUCAGAAGAUAAUGAAGCAGGUGAAAACUCGGACGACUUGAAAAAAGAAGAGUCAGCCAAUGGCACAAAAAAAACAGAAGAUAUCGAAUCAACGGAACGCAGAAAUAACUCAAGAGAAGAGGAAACAGCGAAAGGAAUCAAAAACCUAAAUAACAUAGAUUCGGCUGAAAGCAGAAAACAACUAAAAGAUUUGAAAUCAGGUGAGGGCACAGAUGACCUGAAAGAUAUGGAGUCAGUCAAUGGCAUAAAAGUAAGAGAAGAUAUCGAAUCAACGGAACACACAACUAACUCAAGAGAAAAGGAAACAGCGGAAGGAAUCAAAAACCUAAAGGAUAUCGAAUCAUCUGAAAACAAAGAUCAGCCAAACGAUUUGCAAUCAACGGGAGAUGUAGAGAACUUAAAGGAUAUGAAAUCAACUGAAAGUGCAAAUAAUCUAAAAUAUGAGAAAUCAGCCGAAAGGACGGAAAAGUUGAAGGACAUCGAUACAAAAAUCCUAAAAGAUGUGGAAUCUACCGAAAAUGCACAAAUCCUGAAGAACAUGGAAUCAACAGAAAACAGAGAAACCCCAAAAGGUUUGAAAGAUAACUUAAAAGUUAAGGAAUCAGCUGAAGGUACAGAUAGCCUAAAAGAAGUUGAAUCAGCCGAUAGGACACAAAAACGAAAGAAUGCGGAAUCAACUGGAGAUAUAGAUAACCCAGUAAAAGUGAAAUCAACACGAGUCACGGUAAACGUCGAGGCAGCUGAAGGCACAGAUAGAUUAAAAGAUUUGGAAUCAUCGGAAAAUAUAAAAAUCUUACAGAAAUCAUCUCAAAAGACAAAAAAUCGAAGCGAUUUUGAAUCAACUGAAAGCAUACAUGGUAUGCAAGGUUUGGAAUCAACUGAACGUACCAAAACCCUAAAGGUUAUGAAAUCAACUGAAGGCACAGUUAACCUGAAAGGUGUGGAAUCAAUCGAAAGGACCACAAAUCUGAAGGAUAUCAAAUCAGCUGAGGAUUCAAAUAACGUAAAAAAUAUUGAAUCUGCCGAAGUGAAAGAAAUCCCACAGGAUAUGGAAACUACGGAAUGUGUAGAUAAUCGAAAAAAUAUUACCUCAACAGCCGAACUGAGUAACCAAAUAGAUAUCGAAUCCGAUUUAUUUACCUAUGAAAUAUUCAAUAAUGUCAGUGGUAUUAAUAAUGCAAGUACACGUAAUGAGCAUACCCAAACAAAAGAUAGCACAAUUAAGAUUCUCAAAAAUAUUUUUGAAUUAAAAGAAAAAGUUCAACAACAAGCGGAAGAAAUUAUGUCGCUGAAAGCUGCAAUGAAAUUGUUAAAGGCACCAAAUAUGUUGAAUAGACUUUAAUUAAAACGUUAAUUUUAUGUGAUUACUACUAAUGUUUAAAUAUAAAUUUGAAAUAUUUUUUUUCAAAUUAAAAAUAAUAUUGUUAAAAGCAA